UUCGGCAUGUUUUUCAGCGGGAUUUUUGCGGAGCGAAUGGAUUUGCGUUUCUUCCUCACGCUUGGUAUGUUGACGUCAAGCAUCUGCGUCUAUCUCUUCGGUAUUGCGAAGAGUUUCGAAAUUCAUAAUUUUGGAUAUUUUGCUGUUGUGCAGUUAAUUGGUGGCCUAGUGCAAACUACUGGUUGGCCGGGAGUCGUGGCAUGCAUUGGGAACUGGUUUGGCAAAGCGAAACGAGGAUUGAUCUUCGGAGUAUGGAAUUCGCACACGUCUGUUGGUAACAUUCUUGGCUCUGUUAUUGCUGGAGCAUAUGUGGACAACGAU